AUGAGCACGCAGAGUGAGCAACAAAAGCCUUUAAAAACAGUCUACAACGAGUGUGUUUGCGGGUUCACCCAAUUGGGAGAUUCCAUCCAACGUCAAGAUUCUGAUGAAUACCAGGGCAAAUUGAAAGAAUUGACUCAAAAGUUUUUAAAUUUGAAAGAGACCGUGGGAAGAAUUGGGUUAUUUAGUGAUAAUGAAUCAAUUGAAGAUGUGAAUACUGGUGAGAUCCAAUUGUUGAGCGUGGAGUACUAUUUGGCACAACUGUAUGCUCAGAAUAUUGCACCUUCGAAAAUUCAUAAUUUGAAGAAAAGUAUACUGCUAUAUUUACAAUAUCUUAGAAGUUUGAGUAAUUAUGACCUUUUGACCAAAGAUGAGGUGGACAAACUAGAUAAACUAAGAGAAGAUCCUUUUGAAAUUAAGAAUUUAUCAGAUACUGCAAUGUUGAGAAGAGAUGAAAAAAUUGCAGCUUACAAGUUGGAGAAAACAUUGACAACAAAGAUUGAAUAUCUAUCUAAAUUAGAAUCAGAUGAAAAUGAAUAUAAUAAUGCAGAUGAGGAAGAAAUAAGGCAACUUUAUAUUGAUCAAUUGAAAUUGUUUACAUUAAAGACUUUUAACAAUAUAAGAUUUAUUACCCAAGAGUUGGAAAUUUUACAAAAUAUCCCAGAACCAAAAAUCGAACCAAUUGAAGAUAAACAAGAGACAAAGGAUCCAACAGGCUAUACAGAAAAACUAGAAACAGUGGAUAAGGCAUUCUUAUCAAAAGAAGGUAAGAUUUUAAAACCAUUCACUAUUGUGAAACGUGAUGAUUUGAAGAAGAAAGUGUUUGGAACUGGUCAAUAUUUACCAACAAUGACUGUUGAAGAUUUCCUUGAACAAGAAUUGGCAAAUGGUGGUAUGGUUACCGGGGGCGGUAAUGACGGACCAGAAGAGAGUAGUGAUGAAGAUGAUUUCGAUAAAAAUGAUAGGGAUACUUAUAAAGCUAGAGAAUGGGAUGAUUUCACAGAAAGUCAUGCAAAAGGUAGUGGUAAUACUAUGAAUAGAGGUUAA